AAUAAAUUAGUAAUACAAACUCAGAAAUAUUUAUUAUUUCCGUUCCUAAAUAAACAAGCUGUUUUCAGAGCGAAAAUAAGUUCCUCAGAACACUUUUUGAAGCCUAAAAAGUUGGUCUGCCACAUGUUUAUUCAGUCAUGAAAGCAAAAAGAGUUUGUUUAUUUAGUUUAUUUAGGCAUUAAAAAGACAGUCAAUGAUUUACUCAGAGGACAACUUGUUUACUGAGUUAUGGAAAAGUAAUUAUUUCUGAGUUUGUAUUACUUAUUAAUAUUGUGAAUGUUGAAAUUCCGAGUCUGGAUUUCUUUUCCAAAGCUACAUAGUGACAAUAUAAUGAGCAUUUCAAGGGGCAGUAUGUUGGAGCUGCAGUUAAAACAUUCACAGCUAACUAAAAUGGUCACAGAAUGUGAAUAAAUUGAAGUGUUGACAUUAUAACUUCUAUUGUAUUGUAUUUCAGAGAUAUCCACUGAUGUAUGGAUGCUAACCAGCUAUUCCCUCCACUCCCGGUCCAAAGCUCCUGUGCUAGUGGCGUAAAUACCAAUAGUUCCCUUGGUCCUUUCAACCUCAGUCUGAACCACCAGCUGCACGGCUAACUGAGCUAAGGGCAGCUACAGUUACUUGCAUUUAGCAGUUAUGCUGGGAUUUUGCAUUUCUGUCACAACUGGGGUACCUGCUUGAAGGUGUGUCUUAGACCAGUGACCCGCUUGUUCUGAUUCCUGCAACACUAUCCAAGCAUCACCGCUACCAAAGUGGCAAAAAGUAAAAAGCAAAUCACUUUGGCUCGGUUUGACUCGGUGUGCCGAAAAGUCCUAGUGGGAAAACAGCAUUGGUCUGGUUAUAAACCACUCUCUGUUUGAUUUGAGUAUAAAUUUGUCAGGUGGCCAAUUUCUUACAUUCACUCUCUAUCUUCUGUCUGUUGCUCCUGUUUCUUAUUUUUGCAUUUUUGAAGGUCUACUUUGAACCUGGUUGCGAUCCACCACCACAAAGUAAUCCUUGUAAUUCUUCCCCCUUGGUCUUAAGAUUUUUUUUCAGGUGUGUAUUUCACCUUUUAAUUGUGUAUGUUUUUAUUUUAUUUUAUUUUGAUGCAUCAAAACACAAACAAAAAAAUGUAAAAAGCAAUUCAUAGAUUUUCUAAGACUAAACUCCAGUGAAAGUCUAUAAUACAUCAUGUGACACCCUCCUCCAGGCUCCUUAUUUACAACCAGUAAACAAAAACCCAAAAGGAAUCCAGCAUUUUCUAGAGUUUGUCAAUGUAUCAUAUCCAGUAAUCAAUAACAAUGUAUAUGUAUAUAUCAACAAUGUAUAUGUUAUCCAGCAGUCUACAUGGUUUCAGACUGGUUUGGCCCUUCCACACGUCACGGGGCCGUCUCGGGCAGCUUGUCCACGCCCCGGUCACGUGCGGAUGAGCGGCGAGCCAAUCCGGAGCGAGGGCUGGACGCAGCCAACAACAACACACGGCGUCGUCUCCUCCUGCAGGUGGUGGUGUGUGGACACACACUCACUUUUGGGACACUUCGUUUGUGGAGGGAUGCGGCUCUCUGGCGCUGCUUAAUGUUAUUAUGCAAGCUGGACGCUUGCUCCUGUAAAAAGCGGGACGUGGUGGUUGGAGCUUCCCAGUGAGGAGGAGCAGCAGGAGGUGGUGGUGGUGGAGGAGGAGGAGGAGACCCCGGAGCUCCUCAUCCAUCCCCGAAACCAGCGGACACAAUCACGAUGGCACCGUCCCUCAUCCGAGCUUGCCGCAGUCUGGCUCUCUCGACGUGGCUGCUGUCGUUCUGCUUCGUCCACCUGCUGUGUCUGGACUUCACGGUGGCGGAGAAAGAGGAGUGGUACACGGCGUUCGUCAACAUCACCUACCUGGACCCCGUCACGUCGGAGGUCAGGACGGAGAAAACCGAGUGCGGUCGCUACGGAGAGCACUCGCCCAAGAGGGAAGCCAGAGGUGUGGUGCUGGUGCCGACCCUCCCGCAGGACAGACAGGCGUGCGACCCGAGCGUCAGGUUCCCCGCCGCGUCUCCCAGCACCGCCUGGGUGGCGCUGGUGGCUGCGGGGAACUGCACGUACCGAGAGAAGAUCCACAACGUCGAGACCCACAACGCUUCUGCAGUUGUCAUAUACAAUGUGGGCUCCAGCGGUGCCAACGACACCAUAACAAUGCCACAUCCAGGUACAGGUGAUGUGGUGGCCAUCAUGAUCCCAGAGCACAAAGGUCGUGAGAUUCUGGCCUUGCUGGAGCAGCACAUCAUGGUCACGUUGCACAUCACUAUCGGAACCCGCAACCUGCAGAAGUACGUGAGCAGAACGUCGGUCGUGUUUGUCUCCAUCUCCUUCAUCGUCCUCAUGAUCAUCUCCCUCGCCUGGCUCAUCUUCUACUACAUCCAGAGGUUCCGCUACGCUAAUGCACGAGACCGCAACCAGAGACGUUUGGGAGACGCUGCCAAAAAGGCCAUCAGUAAGCUGCAAGUACGCACCAUUAAGAAAGGAGACAAGGAGACGGAGUCAGACUUUGACAACUGUGCAGUUUGCAUUGAAGGUUAUAAGCCCAAUGAUGUUGUCAGGAUAUUACCAUGCAGGCAUGUCUUCCACAAGCACUGUGUAGACCCGUGGCUACAAGACCACCGGACGUGUCCCAUGUGUAAAAUGAACAUCCUCAAAGCUUUGGGAAUCCCACUCAACGCAGACUGUUCAGACGACGUUCCUCCAGACUAUGAGGCAUCUGUCGGGGGUCCACCCACCAACGCCAUCAGUGGGGCGAGUGAGAUCACGGUUAACGAGAGCUCUGUGGUUCUGGAUCCAACCGGACGAGCGAUAGGCCUCCAGCAGCUCCAUCCUGAUGCAGAGCCAGAACAUGAGGCAGGAGGGGAGAGCCACAUCAUCGCCAGCAGUGAGCACCAGCCUCCGCUCAGCAGUGACUCAGACACUUCCAUCAUCAUGGGCGUGGAGAUAGGCAUAUCUGAGGUUGACCUGUCCAUGGAGCAGGAAUGUACAAUGGCCAAAUCCUGAGCCAACUGAAGCUGAGACAAAAACAUGAAUCACUAAGGGAAAGGAAGACGGGAGCAGGACGGAGUGAUCGUGUGGGGCCCCCCGGAGAGAUUCGCCACAUGUUCGGCCCCUGGAGGACGUGACUCCUCAGAAGCAAAUGAGCAAUACAACACAGCAGCACAAAAACACCCAGCUCUGUCUCUACUGUGUCUGUGGACAUGUUGCUCGCUCGUUUUCCAGCAGUCACACCUCGUCAUUUUUGUUUGGUUUGACUCCCAUGGUGACCAGACAGCCAAGCACAGCUCUCACAUUGUGGUGGCUCCCAUGUUAUCUUUUCGUCAUCCUCACACCUAGCAUCUUGUUGUCGUAGCCCCUCACAUUACUGAGGAGGCUAAUGUAGUUUCUCCUCACUCUGGCAACCUGAACCUGCUGCUGGACACAAUGUAAGCACAGGAGCAGCAGGGCCUCCUUAAUGCCAGAUUCCAGCUUUAAUUAUCAUAAAAAAUAUUCAUAGAUUGUUCAACUUAUUGGUACAAGAUCACUGCCAACAUAUUCCAGAAAUCAGUUUUACUCAUGUGAUGGAUACAUUGCAUGUUUAGAGCCUUUAUCAGCAGUCCCCAACAUGUUGGUGUGAAAUCCCACCAGCGACUUUUUGACUUGAAGCAUUAGUCUUUAAGUUCAUGUGGUCAUGUGACAUAUACGAGGAGUUGGAAUAUGUAUGCACACGUUAUGCUGUAAUUUCUACGUGUAACUGUUUCUGUUACGGUUUCGUGAAACCUUGAUUUCUAACUUCUAUUUUACCAGCUGAAUAUUCCUGUUGCUGAGAGGAAAUAACCGAACACAAGGUAGAUGUUUCUGUCCUCACAUCUGACAAUCAUAGCUUGCCACAAGCAGUUUUGAAGUGAUGUCACCCACUGCCCUACUGAAACUGCUGCUGAUGUACAAGUUAUCACAACACAUGACGCCAGUGAUCGCUCCCUGCUGUCCGUCAGGAGGGAGGCGAUCGUAUCUGUGAUCACACUGCUGCUAAAUACAGCUGGCAACAGCAGUUGUCACUACCAAAUCCUGGCAGUGUGAACACACUGUAGACAAACUUCCUACACUCGUCAAGCCAGCCAAUAUAAAUAUGUCAACAAGUCCUUGUGCCAAGAUUAUCAGUAGUAUUUGAAGCAUUGUAGUGUUUUGUUUUGGGUUUUUUUUUUAGCUUUUUUUAUGCAGGCUGAUUCACUUGGCUGUUAGACUAGACUGGCAUGAUCCUGUUGACAAUACAAAACUGAAGAAAUAACACAAGGAUGUAGAAUUAGAUGGAUUAUGUGAGUGUUGUCACAAUAAAUUAAUUUUACAUUUAGAUACAACACCAGUAGAAGAAAAAAUACUCAAUACCUCUUUCGCUACCACGGCAUAGAGAAAAGAAGUCCAAGCACACAAAAUACGAUUAUUGAGAGAAAAGCCACUGAACACAUGCCAACACCUUUUGAAUAAUGUGAAUAUCUGUGCUGCAUUGGGUUAAAAUCUGAUUGUAGAUCUGUUUUUUAAAGAUUAGGUACCUUCAGUACAAUCAAAUACAGAUGUUGUUUCAUUUUAAACACAUGGUAUUGAAAAGGUAUUGAAGUAUCGACACUAUUGACGACCUUAGAUGAUUUAAAACGAAAGAGGGACUGUCCAAGGAGGGAGCUGUGUAGUACCUGACAAAUGAGAUGUGUUGUGAUAUGGUCAGGGUUUUCAUUGAGGCACUAAAAGCUCCAAGCAUGGGAUUUCCAUUUUUAUUUAUUUUUUUUAAUGGCAUGAGAAGCUUACGGCAUGAAAAUGUUUACAGUUGUGGAAUACUUGAGAUGUUUAUGUUGGACUGCCUCCACACUCAGCCGGCUAAUUUUAGAAAAUUACAUUCAUGAAGCCGUGUGUGUUCUUGGUUAGAGGUGGCUGGACCUCUAACUGGACUCCUUCCUUCCUCCCGUCUAUCUUUCUAUCUUUCUUUCUCUGGGUUUGACUUUUUUUUUCUUUGCUGGGUUAGAAAGCAGCUGUUAAAAGCUCAAGAAUAAAACAUGUUUUAACCACAAGUAGAUCUGUUGAAAUUGUAAACCCGGAGUUGAGCUGCAAUUUUCAGAGUCGUAGAGAAAAUCCUCUUAUUUUGAUUUCCAUGUCAUUUAGAGUUUGCAUUCCAAUUUCUACCACCAGGAAUAUCAAGGUCAAAAACAGCAACAAAGUCAAUGAACACAAAGCGCUUUGAGAACAUGCAGUCAACGGCUCCAUUUUCAUUGGUGAGCACCAAAACAAGACAAAGAUAAGAAUAUACAUGCAUUUCUUAAAUGUAGCCGGCUUAGUGUGGGGACAUCCUCCCGGACCCCCAUGGUGACGCUGACUGUUAAAUGACACUCAUCAUGUCGUACAGUUUGUAGUACAGUUAAUUAUUUUGUUGUUCUGUUCUGCUCCUGUCAGUCACCCCCCUAAUUACUUUCUCUGUGUUGCUGUGUGUAUUGGAUCUGUCUCCUCUCACAUUCCUGUAAACUUGCACACUGAUGAAGCACAGACCCGCUGACCGAGUCGAUGGAGCCAGUGGAAUUUAACUGGGCUUUUUUUCACUCCCAGUCAUUGUUUCCAUCAUGUCCUGCAGCCACGUGGGACCCUGUUAUAUAACCCGCACAUGUGCACACUCCCCUGUUUUGGGUCAAUCAUUGAAGGAUCGUUGAAUGUAGGGGCAAAUGUUUUCAGUGUUUUCAUGAAAUCGUCAGUUUAGGAGGGGCACGAUGUUCCCUUUUUUUUUUUUUUUGAGAGACUAUAUGUUCUUUUCUGUAGCAGCUUUGGUUCUGACAUGUUUUAUAGUGAAAGGUUCCCUGCAGUUGGGGGGAAAAAGCUUGACAGUUUUCGCAUUACCUCACUUUAUACUCAGCUAUUAGCAUAUACAAACCAGUUCUGCAGUUCUGCGAUUUGACUUAAACGUCUAGUAGCAUUCAUGAAUGUACAUUUUCAGACAAUAGAGUGGUAAAAGUCAGCCUGGUUUACCUCUAGCUAUACAUGUGGAUAUGAAGGCAGAGGGAUGCUUGUGAUUCCUGCCAGCACAUUAUAAAUACAGAUGAUUGAGUAUCAGCCAGCCUAAUCUGGACCUUUAAGCCUCUUGUGUCACAUGGAUAACGAGACAGCACAAUGCAUAAAAUAACCUAGAAAACGCGCCACCGUCGAUAUAUCUGUUGCUCUUCUUGUCUUUUCUUACUCGCUCUCAAACAACCCACGCUUUAAGUCUUCUGCCAUCUCGACUCCUUCUCACAUUUUUUUUGCACACGAACACAAACUCUCCAUCUGUCUCCGUUUGAUCGUUUGUUUGGUUGGCGUAGCAACAAGAUAAAGAUAAAGCAAAGCACAUCCGUUUUCAGAGCCCGAACGGUCGAUUCUGGCUGAAUGCUGCCUAACAGAGCGAGUUUGUCUCCAGGUGGAUUAAGGCCUUUCUUUUUACAGAGAACACUUAUGAGACUAAGCUAGGACGCGACUCCAUUUUGUCUGUUUACAGUGUUUCAAUGACAACUCUUUGGUAGGGAUUUUAAAACUCAAAAGACCUUGGUGUACUACAUGUAAUAGCAUUCAGUGUACUUAUGAAGCAACAGAAGAUUGUGGACUCUAAUUGAAUCUGCAACACUGCACAACACUUUAUUUUAUGUCUGUUAUUUCCUAAUAAUUUCCAACACGUUUCCUGGAAAGAGCUUCCUAAUAUGGUGCUAAUUAUGAGGUAAAUACAAUUAUAGUAGAUACAACUGUUCAAAGUAAUGCUGUCACAAUGUCAGGUGACAUGAUUAUCAUGGCCAAACUAAUUCACAACACCAAUUUUAUUGUGAAAUCUAUAGAAAUUUGAGAAAAAGUUGAAAAAUGAAAAAUGCUUGAAAUCAAAUAUAUCUUCAGCUUUGUUAACUGUGUGUUUUGUAUCAGUUGAACAAAGUCUUUAUUUACUUAUAAUUAGUGCCAAAUGAUGUUGUUCUUUUAAGGAAAUCAUUUGAAAAUAUUCUAAAUCUACUCUGUAAAAUAAAGUGUGAGCAAAACUAGUUUUAUUACAGGUAGUUAAUCAAAGCUGUCAUGUAUUUGGUUCGGUUCCCUCGUCAGAUGUGUUUUCUUCUGUUUGUGUAAACUUUCCUAUAAUGCACUUUAUCCCUGCGGUGAAUGGGGAGCGGCUACAACGAGCGACUUGAGAAAGUCUUUUUAAUGUACAGCUUUAGAGGAAGAGGGCUACAGUAUUGAACAUGGCACAUGACUCAGCUGAUGCUUAUUGUAUAAUGUUGUGCUCUCUUUCCUGUGUUAUUGUGUGUACUGUAUGUGGGGUGGUGGUGUCGGGGGAUAUCGAUAUAUUGUACACUAUACCCAGCAGAAAAAAACAGCAUUGCUAUUUUGUAAUAUAAAAGAAUUGCAAGUAUGAUCA